GGCGCGGAGGGGGGCCCAGCGUGUCCGCGGGCGGAGCGGCCUGAGGAGGAGAAGACGGGCUGAGGAGGAGACGGGCUGAGGCGACGGCCAUGGCGGGGCACUUCGACGCGGAGGAGCGGAGCAGCUGGUACUGGGGCCGCCUGAGCCGUCAGGAGGCGGUGGCCCUGCUGCAGGGGCAGCGGCACGGGGUGUUCCUGGUGCGGGACUCCAGCACCAGCCCCGGGGACUAUGUGCUCAGCGUCUCGGAGAACUCGCGCGUCUCGCACUACAUCAUCAACAGCAGCGGCCCGCGCCCGCCCGCCCCCUCGCCCGCCCAGCCGCCGCCCGGAGUGAGCCCAUCCCGACUCCGAAUAGGCGACCAAGAGUUCGACUCGUUGCCUGCUUUACUGGAAUUCUACAAAAUACACUAUUUGGACACUACAACCUUGAUAGAACCGGUUUCGAAAUCAAAGCAAUUCAGUGGCGUCAUUCUCAGGCAGGAGGAAGCGGAGUAUGUGCGGGCCCUCUUUGACUUUAAUGGGAACGAUGAGGAAGACCUCCCGUUUAAGAAAGGAGACAUCCUGAGAAUCCGGGAUAAGCCUGAAGAGCAGUGGUGGAACGCGGAGGACAGCGAAGGCAAGAGGGGAAUGAUUCCCGUCCCUUACGUCGAGAAGUAUAGACCCGCCUCUGCUUCAGUAUCGACUCUGAUUGGAGGUAACCAGGAUAGUUCCCACCCACAGCCACUGAGUGGGCCGGAGCCCGGGCCCUAUGCCCAGCCCAGCGUCAACACUCCGCUACCUAACCUCCAGAAUGGGCCCAUUUAUGCCAGGGUUAUCCAGAAGCGAGUCCCUAAUGCCUACGACAAGACAGCCUUGGCUUUGGAGGUCGGUGAGCUGGUAAAGGUCACGAAGAUUAACGUGAGUGGCCAGUGGGAAGGGGAGUGUAAUGGCAAACGUGGCCACUUCCCGUUCACGCACGUCCGCCUGCUCGAUCAACAGAAUCCUGAGGAGGACUUCAGCUGAGUGUAGCUCCAGAGUUUUGCUGAAAAGAUGGGAACAAUCUCAGUCUUUUUUCCUUUUUUUUUUUUUUUAAUUCCCCACACACCCCCCUCCUCCCGCCCCUCCUAACUGCCAUCUACACAAUUCUCCUACAGAUGUCAAAAGCAGUGUAGUUUAUAAGCAUUCUGACACCCGCAACCUCCAGGGACUGAAUUUCAAUUCCUAGACCUUGUCUGGCGACGCUCAGGGUACGAGACUGGAUCGCUUUGGCUGCUUCCGGGUCAACCCGGGGACCCUGGCGGCAGGCGGUAGUGACAGCCCACACCCUGGAGUAAGCUCCAGGUGGUAGUGACGGUCUACACCCCCGGUGUAGCCUCCAGGCUGCAGGUGGUAGUGGCGGCCCGCACUCCGGUGUAGCCUCCUAGCUGCAGGUGGUAAGGACGACCUGCACCCUGGAGAGUAGGUUGCGCGUGGUAACGAUGGGCCGCACCCCAGUAGAGUCUUCUGGCUAUAGGUCAUAGUGAUGGCCCACACCCUGAUACAGCCUCCCGGCUGCAGGUUGUAGUUUUGACCUGCACCCCGAUACGACCUCCAGGUCGCAGGGGGUAAUGACUACCUCCACCCUGGAGUAGGCUGCUAGUGGUAGUGACGGCACACACCCCAGUGUAGCCUCCAAGCUGUGGGUGUUAGUGAUGGGCCGCACCCUGGUGUAACGUCCUAGCAAGCGGAGGAAGCAGCAAGGCGGCCCCGAAAAUCAGACUUUGGAUCUCUCUCCAAACCAAUUUUCGGGGGAACCUGCCCCUCGGGUUGAUUGCAUUGGAUUGCUCAAGCAAUGCAAAUCAACCUUAGGAAAAUUGAUGGAUGGGUAGGGAUAGCACACUCUGUUUAGGCUAUCUUAAUUUACUGCCCCCUUCCCCCCACAUAUCCCUCUCCGCCUCAAAUUCACACCAUAAAAUGGCUACAGACUGUUUUGGGAGUUGUUUUUUUUUUAAGUCCUUUUUUUUUCUCUUCCCACCCUAAAGAAAUUGUGCACAGUGUGAAUAGUAGCUUUUAAAAAUUACCCUCCUGAGGUUUCUUUCAGAUUUACAGAAAAGUAUGUCUGUAAAAUUCUGUCUGACAUUUCAACUCUUAAGAAUUUUGAGGACACUACUAGAGGCAUCUGUCUUCCUUUCUAAUCAGUGCUUCAUAUAUAUAUAUAUGUAUGUUUUUUUCUUCUCGGGGUUGGUAUUCCUUUAAAUUGACAUUAAGCUAACAUGCCAAUUUCCCAAACUGACAAUUUCAUGACCUUCAAGGGAAUCUUAGACUUUGAUACCGGCUUUUAAUUAGGAUGUGCAAAGCACUUUACCCGCUAGCACGUAGCUGUAAGUCAGUAUUGGAUCUGCGGUAUGUGGAGGCACCCGACACUGCCCUUUCCUCCAAAGGCGGAAGAAGGGGAAAAAAAUGUAACUACAGCAAGGCCAGGCCCCCCCUCAGCACCAGUAAAUGUCUCUCUUCCCAGCAGAAUCACUCUUUCAGGGCUGUUCAGCUUUGAUAUUUGUUUUGUGUCUUUUUUUUGUGGGUUUGGGUUUUUUUUUGGUUUUUUUGGGGGGGUGUUUUGGGUUUUUUUGGUUUUUAAAACCCCAAAACUGGUUCUGUAGCGAAAGGACCAAUCACUUAGAAAAUUCCACAGAUGGGUUUGGGGCCGAAGGCCAAAUUCUGCCAACAAAUGCUCCCAUGCAGUUGAAGUCAGUGGGAAUUGCCUGAUUUGACUGGAGGGCAGGACUUAGUGCUCGGAGACUUCACCAGCCCUAUAGACGUAUUUGCGACUCACGUGCCCAGGUUAAGUGCUCGACGGAAAAGACAUUACCUGGAUUUUUAGCUUUGUUGUUGUUUUUAUGUUUCAUUUUGCGUUUUCAGAAACAAAGUUUGGCUUUGUUUCCUUUUUCCUUUUUCUUCUGAGAAGUUUUCUGUGAACUUUAGUCUAAUGACCAAAAGUGUUCCAGGCUUUUGAAUCAAAACUCGCAAUGUACAAACCAUAAAUUAAUUUUGCGUGGAAGCACAUGGAUCUCAGCCGUUACAUAACAGAGUAGCCCUCCCGAGAGACACGGAAAUGUUUCCAGGGCUAGGCCCCAGCAAGCGAAUCUGUCUUGAGCCUAGAAAGAAGUCAGAAUAUUAGUGGUUUUUACCUCAGAGCUGCAAUAAAACUCGCUGAAGACAGGACCUUUUCAACUUUUCCUUUCCCUGUGUUACUGUUACUAAGGUUGACUUUGGUUUGCCCUGUUUUAUAGCAGAUUGGUUUGUCCAGUUUUAUGAUGAAUGAGCACAGGAUCUAACCUGAACACCCAUCAGCUGAGUACUGUAUUGAUAUCCCUAUGUAAGGACACUGUUGGAACUGGUCUUCGUUGGGCAGGGUGGGGUGGGAAUCUGGGAUUUUGUGUUUGGACUUUUCCAAUUGGCUUGUAACACGUCUCCAUUUCUGUUCUGGCCCGAAUCGACGUUGAUGUUGCUUGGCUAAAGAUGCCAGUUAUCGUGGAACUUGGUAUAAUUUAGUCCGUGCAUGUGCUUCCAAAAUACCUAAAGAAAGUGUAAUAAGUAUCCACAAUAGUGUUAUGUUUUUGACUCGAAUUUGUAUCCUGUUUUCAAAAGGACUUCUGGCUUUGCUGUCAAAUCUGCGGAGUUUAUGCAAAAUGGACUAAUUCCUUAUAUAUUUUUCCCUUAGGUUCUGAUAAAUUAGGAAAGGAAAGAUAUGUGAUACUUGAUAUCGUCGAUGAGGCAGUGUGAUUUAGUUAUCAAAACUAACCACAUCAUGGUCAGAACCAGACAACAUUGACUUGAAAUCCUUGCAAUAAGAUUCUACUUCCUAUGCAUAUUUGUACUGAAAAUAAGGUGUCCAAAAGGAAACAAGGCUUUUUUUAUUUCCUCUCUCUUCUGGCAGAGAUGUGAAAGAAUUAGUAAAUGAUUUGCAUCCCACAAAUCUUUCCAAAGGACACCUCACCACAGUCUGGCACAGACUAAUAAUCUGAUCUGAGAACCUCUCAAUUAAUUUUCACCUAUGUUAUUUUUACAAAACAGAACAAUAAACUUUUUUUUUGGUUUUUUUUCCUCGUGGGGGGCGGGUUGGUUUUAUUAGAGGCUCGGUAAUUAUGAAGUUGACUUUUCUUAGCCAACCAUUAAUUGGAGGGUAUCUUUUUGGCCUAUCCUUUAAAAGGCCAACUCUCUUCGGGUAUAUGACAAACCUGGAGGGUAAACUUCUUUUGUCUAACACAGGAGAAUCACCGUAAUCCAUUUGGGACAAAGUAACUACAACUCUGUCUUAUUUUAUAAUCAUGUGUUCGAUUAUUGUCCUUUACAUUUUAAUCCACAUCACAGAUGUUCUCCCCAGUGGGUUGUCUGUAGCCAUAAAAGCAAGAAUUGCUCUUUGGGAAUAGGGUUUUAUUUGUGCGUGGGCAGCUGCCGGACUUAUAGAAACCAACUGUCUUUUAAAAAUACCCUCUUAAAGUAAAAUAUUAGUACACUAUUCAAGCGCGUUUGUGCAUUACAUCACAGUAAACUCAGAUUGGCUGCUAUGUUCUAUGUAACCUCAUUUCAGCAAAGCCCAUCCUUUCAAUACUAAUAUUUGACAUGGUUAAUUCUUGUUAAUUUGUUGGAAUUCCUGUUAAUAGUGCAAAUAGGUAAUUUUUAAAUAUCCUUAAGUAGUAACACUUCACUUUAUUAAUGGUGGGGGAAAGGGUGAUAAGCAAACCAAUUUGAAACAAAAUAUAAACAUGUGCCAUUGUAUUAUAACACUAUACACUUUCUUGACAGUUAAAUUUUUUUUUUUACCUUUUGUAGCAUGUACUGUAUAUGUUUAUAGCAUAUGUAGUAAAUAAAAAAAAGUAUGGCCAAAUGA